UGAAUCUACCCCUACAUGCCUACACAACUCUGAAUUGCAGUUUUUGACAAUUGGCAAACGCUAAGGCGAAUGGCAAAUCAAAUACUCAUCUGUCAGAAGGAAGAAAAGGGGACACAUUUAGGAAAAACUGCAGCACAGCAGCAAGAGUCCCGACGAAAGUAAUUUUAAUUGUGAAAAUUUCUUGAUCAAUUGUGAAACAAAAAUUACCAAGGAUAGGCAAAGUUCGCGUUGUCAACCAAACUAAACGCGCGCACGACGCCCGCAUGUAGUUAAAGCAUGGAACAGCGUAUUCUAAAGCAAGACGGCUACUUGGAUGUGGGCGAUGACAGCAGCAACGAUGGUGUAUUGCCUGGCGGAGCACCAGUGUUCGAAAUUCGCAACAUCGUUUAUCAUCCGCAAUUAAAUGUGCUGCUUGCAUUUGGUGUCAACAAUCUAGUGAAAGUUCUAGAUGUCAAUUCCGGCGUUAUACUUCAGACGUAUCAAUUGAGUACAAAUGCGGACAGUGUAAUCCAUGGACGCUACAUGCCAUUGCAAGAUAAAAUCUUGUUUUGGGAUGGUCACAAUUUGGGCCUACGCGGCGACUACAACGGCGUUUUGUUAUUGGACACCAUACUGCAGGCGCCAAUCGGUCAGAAUGAUGAUUACAUUAAGCUGGAGCUUAUAUUGUCAGAGGCGAUCAUCUUUCAGAAUUGCAUAAACGAACUGGAGAGCGAAGGCCUCGAGUGUCCGUGUGAUAUUAGCAAUGAGCUGACACUGAAGAUUAACCAGGCUCAGCUUAACGCUAAGAAGGGCAUAAAGGCGCAACGCUGGAAUACAAUUUGCUUGGAGGUACCCUAUUCCAGUCUAAAAUUGGUAGCAAACAAUGUGGUCAUAUUGCUGAAACGUUUGGAACGACACAUUCCUGUACUGGCCAUAGCAUCGGCCAUCAAUGAGCGCCUAACGGACUUGUUAAUGGGCUCCCGGUUGCCAGACUACGGCUGGAACUUUAGCAAUUUUCAGCGCGUUCUUAUGCACUCGGAAGCAGUGCGGCGCCAGACAUUUGAGAAGUGGCCUCACAUGGAUUAUAAAUGGGCGCUGCCAGAUCAAAUGGCACAAGCCGGCUUUUAUCAUCAGCCCUCAUCAUCGGGUGAAGAUCGUGCCAUGUGUUUUACAUGUAACGUGUGCCUGGUUUGCUGGGAGAAAACAGACGAACCCUGGAGCGAGCACGAGCGCCACUCACCUCUAUGCCCGUUUGUUAAGGGUGAAUACACUCAAAAUGUGCCGCUGUCAAUCAGUUAUGCCACCAAUCCAGCAUCGACCUCGCCGGGCAUGGGCUUUGAUAUAAUAUCUAACAGCGAUUAUGCAAAUGUUCUGUGCACGAGCUGCACUCAGUCAGGCGAGCUGAGCGUGUGGAGCAUUGAGCGUCACCUGAAGCUCAUGCACAGUUUCCAUGUUCCCACACUGCUCAAAGAAGUUUUCGAAGAGAACUUUGAGUGGGCCCGUAUUACGGCCAUUUGCGUGCUACCAAAUGGUCGCGCCCGCACUAAAGUCAACUAUGUAUACUCGGAAAACUAUAGUGGAAGCGGAAACAGCAGUAGUGCUGCUCACGCUGCCAGUAUGCACAGCAGUGGCAAGUUUGGCGGCGUUAAUACACAGCAUAUAACAUCUACAUCGACCCUGCGUGCCGGAGUUGUGGGCUCGAAGAUAGUGCUAGGUGUGACUGUGCGGCAAAGUAGUGGAGAGAUGGCAUUACGUAUGGUGGUGCUCAACAUUGUGGAGUUGGAUAGGCACAGCGAGAACUCGGCGAUCAUCAGCAAUGACAGCGGCAGUGUCUCAAGCAUUGGAGGUCAGCUCAAAAAGACAUCUUCGCAGUUGGGUACCACUUCCAGUGACUCAAAUGUUGUAGCCAGCCAAGUGAGUCUUGAAUCCUCGAAGGACGAUGACAACAAAUCGCUGACGCCAUAUGAAAAAUUUGCCGACGGCUUCGACAGCAACGGCUUUGUAUCCGCUUUAAUGACUUAUAACAAAAACAAUGAUGUCAAUCAGAGCGGAAACAACUCCUCUGUUCUAUACGACUUUGAUUUGUCCACUUUAUCGCAAAUACUGGAUAGUAAUCUGGACGAUUCUUCCUCCGGGCUAAUGGUUUCCUCAAAUACGGUGAAUGUUAGCAACAGCUUGUUAGGUAUGAGCAAUGACAUGGACAAGCUUAUGGAUCAGGCCGAGGUAUCACAUCAAAAUAACAAUAACAACAAUGACAGCAACACUAUAGGCGUAGGCCCCACAAGUAACAACAAUAACAACAAUAAUGUCAUCAACGGCAACAAUAGCACUAGCGACAAGUUGACCGCCAGUGAAGAAAUUGACUGCCUAGUGGAAAGCUGGACAAGCGUCAAACGCAUGAAUGCCAUGGAUGGCGCACGUAGUGCGAACGGAGUUCCAUUAGAUUUGCAGGAAAUUGUAGAGAUAGCGGAAAUUAUGCCCACCAGUCCCAAGUGCAAUCAGCUGCUGGUGAAACUGAUGCGCACCAAAGCUCCAGAUUCGGAACCCACAAAGAUCAUAAUGGCCACGGUCGCUAAAGAAGAUGAAGAGCAACACAACUUACCCGCGGAUAUAGAUGAAAAUAAUUCAGAAUGCAAUGUAGCCGCACAGUUGCUCCUUUUUGAUUACGAUGACAUGCAAAUCUCCAAUGAUUAUACUCUUGCCAUGACCUUCAGCCGUGCAAAGUGUCCUAAGCAGCUGUGCAUCCUGCCUCCAUAUGCGUCGUCAGCUUCAUCUGAUGUGAAAGAAGCGGGCUCCGUUUGUGUGGUGUGCGCCGAUGGAUGCAUUGAAAUUUAUUCCCUGGCCGAUUUUCAGGCAACUUCUGUCAUAGAGGAAGAGGGUGAGCACUUUGAAGCCGUGGUCUAUUGUCGCAACUUGGACAGACUUUGCUGCUGUUCGCGCCAGGGGGGCAUGCUGUUUUAUUCGCUUAACGACGGCGACAAUGACUCUGGUGAUGAGUUACUGGAAAUGGAGGACGACUGCAGCACCACAUUGACACAUGGUAUGGAUUUGAGUGUAACCGAUGGAGUCCGCAAUGCUGCGGGAAUUGACUCUGUUAUGAGCGAUCCGAUGAUUUGUGUGGAUGUAAGCAACGAGGCAGGCGCCGGGACAUCAAGUCAAAACGCACAUGUGCAGACCUCACCAUCGGUUGCAUCUUUAAUGGGCAACAACACAAAUCUGUUAGCAUACAAGACCACAGACCUGACGAUCGAUGACCUGCGCGUGUUGUACGCACUCACGCAGUUCGAAGACAAGCUAACAGUGUACUCAGCUGAAGUACCAAGCUGCUGGAACGAUCUGGGCCAGGUACAAAAGCAGCGCAAGCAAUCGCAAAAUAUGCGUCAUGGAGGCGAUGAGCGUGACUUCACACGGACUUGGCGACUGCACAACGAUGCGACCACAUGGGACGAGCACAUAAUUGAGCUGAACCUGGCACAGCCAGUUUCAUUGGGCCAUAUCGAUUUAAAAUUUACUGUGUACCAGCAGUGCUCUAAUCCAGCAGCCAUUCAGGUCACCUUACUCAAGCAGAACACAAAUGGCUUUGGCUACAGAAUGAAAGGACCGCACGCCAGCUAUAAACCCAACGUCAUUGAUGAUAAUAUUGACUUCUCAUAUAUUGCCAGUGAGAAUCCGGUACUCAGUGAGGAAUAUCUGUUGGCCCACAAUGCCGAAGUGCUGGCCGGCCCCAUCGAGCUCUCUUCAUGCAUUGAUCUUUGCGAUCAAGGCGGUACCGCCACCUUAACCUCGCCCAAACUGUUUAAGACACGCACACGUAAUUUUCUUCUGCAUAUUAAAACCGUAUCGGAUCCGUCCAAGGAGGGACAGAGCAAAACGAGAGUUUCUUCUGCGCGACGCAAGAGUCCGCACCAAGUUGAAGAUUGUGUUAAUCGUACGCGAAGCAGCAAAAUAAAUCCCACGGUGUCCAAUGCAAAUCAAGCCCAUGCGAAAUCGGGAAAAAUGAAAAUUAUUUCAGUUUUGAGCGGUCCGCUUUUGAACAAAUAUGCCAACAAUUCAGAACUUCCACAUGUUCAAACAAUCGUCGUACCAAAGCAUUCGUUAAGGUCUCGGCCCACUGCACCUGGUCCUUUUGUUCGUCGAAACACCGGGCAACUAAUAGGUUGCGAUUGGUUACACGAGAUCUCGAUAAGUGUGCGCGCCGUGAAGUCACAUAGUCGCAUAAGCAAUGGGCGCAUUCAGCGCAUUGCCAUGCUGGAUAGUAACGGACUGUUGGAACAGCUCUUCCGCAUUGCCACUGAUUCUGAAUCAACUCCGCUGACCAAGAAUCUGGCACUUGAUGUGCUCAACUGGAUUUGUUUCAUCCGCUUAAAUCGCUUCCGUUCGCCAAAGUCGGAGCGUCUCAAGGACCAGAUAAACAAACAAACAGCAGCUAAUAUCAACGAUCUGCUGGCGCAGCAGUUUGAGUGCAUUUAUUUGUCCGAAAAGCACAUCGAGAAGUUGAUACGCAACUGUAUAAUCUAUAGUGAACGGACCACGGCGCACAAAUGUGUUAAACUGUUGAUCAUGCUGACAGAAGGCAUGGCCAAUCUUCCCCGAGAGCUACAGAAACAUGCUUCCCUGGAUAUCAGCAUUAAAACUGCAAUAACCAAUACGUUCCAUGAGCUACCUAGAGCACAGUGCGCUAGUGUGGUGCGCUGGUAUACGAUGCUUACCUGCGCUACAUCCACUGCAGAGUCGCACAACAGCAUUUCAGAGUAUGCUAUCAAUUUGCUUAAAGACAUAGCUAGCGAAAUUGAUAAACGAUGGGACCCGCAUUGCGCACUGCUGAGCACGCGUUUUGGACUGUAUGGCUAUCCCUUUGAGCCGGAAAUUUUCGACUUUGAUUUCCCCAAUAUAAAUCGACAUGGAUCAAGCUCGGCGGUGGCACUUACAAGUGUGAUACGAAGCAGUGCAACUAUAUUGCCAGUGACAGGUCUCGACAUCAAGCGUUUGAGCUCCAUAGAUGGUGUUGACUUUCGCACCUUUCCGCAUCUAAUACGCGGAAAGAGUAUUAGCAAUCAAUUGCGUGGACUGUUGGAGGUGGUGCAGCUGCAUUUUAAUUGUGUACAAACAUCAGAGGCCACACGCAUUGAUAACAUUGACAGCGUAGUUAAUGGUGCUGCCAGUGUAGUCAUUGAGGAUGUGAUGAUGAUGCCAAAGAUGGUUGCGACCAAAGGCAAGGAUGAAGAAUUGCUAAACGAUUUGGUUAAUGAUGUAGAGUGUCUGGUGGAAGAGAUGAAAGACAAGGAUGUAAAAACCGCAUUUGGUUCUUUUGGCAUGGUUAAUGGCUUUAAGGAUAAAGCUUCCGUAUCAUCUCUCACCGAUUUGGAGCAUGCUUUAAAAGAGGAGGUAAAAAUCGAGAAGGCAGCGAUCAUUGAUAAGCUGAAGAUAUCUAAGUUUUUGCCACAGCUCACACUUUGGAACAGCUACAUACAAAAGAAGUUUGGCAUAAACGAGGAAAACUCCUACGAUGCCUUUGGGGAGCUGGAUAACUGGGAGAAGCCCGUAAUGAAGUCUUGCCUCGAUGUUCUACCUGAAGAGGCUUCGUUUUCGCAAUCGUCAGACCAGUCUCAACCAGCAUCACAAACGGGUGGCAAUGACAACUCACAGAACAUGACAGAUGAUGCCGUAGAGCGAGAGAAAAUCAUGGAAAAUUUGAGUGCAAAUCCCUGCCCGCCAAUUGCUUGGCACAAACUUCUCACGCCCCCGCCCAAGUUAAUGAUUGUUGUGGACCGCAUGCAUUCGGGCGCCCGUCGCUUUGUCGUGCUUGACUUUGGCCAGCACAUACUACUAACGGAUGUGGUAAUACCCGCCUGUGAUGAUCUUACAUCCCUCAAUAUUGAUAUUUGGUGCUUUGACGAGGAGACGGACUGCACGCGCCUUGUGCAGGUCUCAGACAUACAGACCAAAACACUGGUGCUCAGCGAUAUGCAGCCACCACCCAUUUGUCGCUAUUUGAAGUUGACAAUCGUUGGACGUAUCGGUAUGUCAUCCACCAAGUGUAAGGUUCCGCUGGGAAGUUUCUUUGGUCAUCCUGUUGUACUGGAGCACGAUGGUUAUGGUGAUCAGCUAGUGCGUUUUGUUAAACAACCAGCCCAAUCGUUGCAGACGCACCUUAAGUCGCUUAAUGCCCUUUACGAGGAUGUACACUGCCGUUACAGCUUGGCCAGCUGCAAAUUGAUGGAACUUCUGUCGCCUAUGCGCAACAGCGAGCUAUCCAAUGUAGCCCAUUUACAGGCCUUUAUUAACAAGCAACGUGAUGAAGAGCUCAGCUGUGGUAUGGACAAUAACAACAAAGUUGUUUCUCUAUAUGAAGAAUGCAUGCUGUUACAAUACCAAAUCAACGUUAUCCGAAAUGUGGUUCUGCGUUUGGAACGUGCUUUAUCACCCAAGGCGCUUCGUUCGCCUACAACUCCUGUACUUAUUGAGGAGACGUUGCGCAACGCAUCGCGGGAUAAACUUCGCGUAUUGAGUCUUAGUCUCGUCGAGGUGCUGUUGCACUUCUCUAUUGAGUAUGGUAUUAAGAACAUACUGCCCGUGCAUCAGCGCUUCAAUGUGGUUACUGCUAAAACGCUAUUUAAUUCUUUGGUUGUUUAUGGUGAUGCACAAUUGCAAUUGACAACAUGUUCCCUACUGGUUCGCAUGUGCUGCUUUCAGCCUUGGUGGGGUGACUUUUUGGCUGAUACUUUCUGUAGUUUAUUCUCGGCGCAAAAUUGUAAGGCAUUUCCACAGGAUCGCAUCUUCUUUUUGCUCACAUAUUUGGGGCGUCGCAGCAUUGCAAUGGGCGCUUGUCGUUCCAUAGUCAUAGAUGCUGUGCUCAAGACGCUAGUCAAGUUGCUGGCGCCUAUUUCGCCGCACUACAAGUUUCAGUCCGAGCAGCCCAGUACUUCAGCCAGUGCAGCCGAACGCAGCGCUGCCAUGGGAAGCACGUCCGACCUUCAACUGAUCACGUGGCUUUUAUUGUUCCUUUCUGUAUGUCUAGAUGACAACAAUGAGCGCAAGGAUAAAUCGGCGGCGCGAUGGGAUUUUAUGAGCUGUGAAAGCGACUUUACAAAGACCAGACCCAAUAAUACUCCGAACAGUAAGCAAUUACGUUGCUUUAAGAAGCGAAUAAUACAGCAGAACAAAUACUCUGUUCAACCCUACACAGACUGGGGCAAGAAAAUCUACAUGAUACAGAAUGAGCAUCCCGGUAUAUUUAUGGAGCUGUCGACUAAAUCUAAGGCUAGCGGUGCAAGCAAAGCAACGUCAACAGGUGGAAAAAUAAAUAUGGUAUCUAGUAGUAUGUGUGCGCCUAGCGCCAAUGCCAGUGGCAGCUCAGUUAAGGCCGCUAGCACUUCCACAUCAUCGCCUAAACAUCUCGACGGCUUGGGAGCUAGUAUUGAUGGAGACAGUAACUUUGACAAAGGUCUAAAAACGCUAAGCAUGACCAACAUCAAAGUGGUCAUUCGUGGGUUAUUCGCUCUGUUGCUUGAAAUGGAUUUCGAUUGCAAUAUGGAUCAGUUUCUUUUAACGUGCAAAGUAAUAGCGCGUCUAGUGGCUGCGUGUCGGCCCUCGGUGAGACUGUGCAAAAUUGUGACAACAACACAACUCGAGCAGCUCAUACGUUUGGCCGUGUGGAACGAUCAGCAACAGCCCUGGGCGGUGCAUGCAAUUACUUGCCUGCUCCAGGACCUGUUGGAUGCAGACAAACAGUACAGGGAUAACGAUGCCACACCGACAAACGAUGGAGCUCGUUCCAUUGUGACGACAGCUGUGCAGGAGACUCGCGAUCUUUUUAGUGAUUAUAGCUCAUCCUUCUCUUCCUCCGUCGCACAGGCUGUGCUACAUAUGCCGACAGCAAGUGACUUUUAUCCGGAGGCUGCCAAAUACAAUUACCUACCAUCUCUGAUCGAAUGCGAGGAUACUGAGUUUGACGAGAUGCUGAACGAUAUCGAUAUGAUCGAGCGCACAAAACCAAUUACUAAAAAAGAGAGUAAUGCGCUCUGCAAGAAUACGUUUAGCUUUUUUUGCAAGUCCAUAUCUAUCGCCAUGGAUACACGUCUGGAUGCUGGCUUGGAGCUGCACGUGGAAGCUCAGCUGCGUCGUCUGACGAAUCGUACAUCGCUAGAUUUGUACUCCUCCCUACCGCAGGUGCUGACUAAUGAGUUCGUUUCGGCUCCACCAGACGCUGCGCCCUGGCCAGAGUAUCUUACGCAGUUGUGGUCUGGCCCAGAUUAUAGUGGACGCAACACAUAUAUUAUGUUGAAAAACGUUUUUGAUUCUAUAUUGGCCGAUCUGCAUUAUGAGGAUACUUGGGUGCAUCUGGAGCAAGUGUUGCAAAUGUGGCUAACACUUAACUGCGAGCUGGCCGACAAGCCCUACACGACGGGCAUCACCCAAACGGAUAUACCAAAAAUUCCAUUUGGUGCUAAUGCAGUGCAAGGACUUUUACUGGCUCUGGCGUGGCACAAUGACAUUAAGCUGCGCACUUGGUGCUUAGGCUUCCAAUGUCUAUUCCUAGCUUGUAAUUCGUUGCCCAUUGGCGACGAUGUUUCAGACUGCACGCGAAUUAAUGAGGUCAUUGUGAACGAUGAGAAUUUUGAGAAGAUGCUGCUGCGCUUUUUUUCCGGCUACGGCAUGAGCUCCUCCAUUAUUACAAAUCGUUGUGCUGGUCCUACCAUUUGCAAGCAUCUACACGAACUUCUGUUAUGGCUUCAUAGCAAGAACGAGACCUGCGGUGGACUCAUUCCAUGUAAGCGUCGGCUUAAAGACAUUUUGUUGCAUGUCGUGCUGCAAUUGGUACAGCCUGGCGGCGCUAUUAGCAACCAGCAAGGCCCAAUCGAUGCUCAGAAUCAGCUGGUACGCGAUCUGCUUUUAAUGCCCAAUGACAAGGGCGAUCUAAACAUUGCGCUUAAGAUUAUCGAAAGUGUUUCGUUUCUAGUCUUCAACAACAUUUCCAAUGGCGAAAAGCUGCAAUGCCAGCGCGGCAACGAGAAUAGCAAUGCUGGCAAUAAUUUCAGCAAUUUGUUUGCCAAUGUCUUGGGAUCCGAAAAUCCCUCUAAACAAAAUGCCAACAUCUGCGAUAAUUCGUUGAUUAUAAACCUACUCAAACUGUCCUCGCAUAUGGUUCUCACGGAGAUGCCCAGGCAACCUAGCGAGGUCACCAUACCUGAAGAGGAGGAGCUGUCCAAUCAAAGCCAAACAGAUGAAACGAAAGCUGAGCAGCUGAACACAGAAGGGCAUCGCAGCAAGGUCCCAUGCAUAGCCGAUUGGGUGCUGCGCCAGUUUCCCACUAUGAAGCGCUUGUUUGGGGCCCUCUCUCAGUGCUCAACGAAUACGUUCACUAUGAUGUCCUCGAGCUGCUUCUUUUCACUCAAAACGAAUAUGGUACUGGAUGAGCCACAGACCAUUGCAGAUGCCGUUUUCAGUUUGAUGAUCACUUUAAGUGAGAGGGCCUCUAAUCCACGUCUAGUUGUAGCACCUAUAUGCCAAUAUCUAGAGGAGACCACCAUACAACGCAAUGCCACAUUACCACGACUUCAACUAUCGGAACCGUUCCUUUGGUACAUAUCCAAGGUGCUGGAAGUGACUGCGGCUGUGCAAAUUUUCACUCAGCUAGGUGGCAUACAAAUCAUUUGUCAUAAUUUGGUGCGACUUAACAAGACUAUUAUAAACAUGCAACCGGGACUGAUCUCAAUGAUUAUGCAACAUAUGACGCGUAAUACUCGCCUCAAGCUGAAUAGUCCUGUUAGCAACAGUAACGCCUGUAAGAAGACAACCUCAAGCACUGGGGCGCCAACAACGACAACAGCAGCACAGCCGUCAAGGAGCGGCAGCGCCCAGUAUGAUGGACUUAUCAACUUUGCGCCUUUUUCACACAUAGUAUCGGAGAAUGAUGCGGCGCAAAGUGCCGAAAUGCUAAUUUCAAAUCCAAAUGCCACUCAUAGACGACCACGCUCGCCUGCCUGGAGCUAUAUGUUCUAUCCAAAUGAGACGCACGUUGAUUUGACGAUAACGCUGCCCACAGCCAUUUUGCUCAAGGAGGUGCAGCUGGUGCCGCAUACCUCUAGUUUGGCUUCGUGCCCCUCGGCUGUAGCUUUGGAGCUGUCUCGAGAUUAUGGUGUUGGUUCAAUUCCCGUAGGCGCGCCCAUGGCAACCACGGGCCUUACCUGUAUACGUCUUAAACUAGCUAAAGCUGAAGUGGCUACCAGCAUUGUACUGAGACUUUACAAACCCAAGGAUUGCGGCAAUGUGGGGCUAGUGCAGAUUGCUGUUUUGGGUCAGACGAUCUUUGGUAAUCGAAUGCAAGGACUUCGCAGCCAAGGAGCUUUUGGUGAAUCGUUCGUUGCCUGCUCUGCUCCGCUAAGCUCGGCCACGCUGUCGGCUAUGGAUGUAGAUGCAUUGCCGGAGGAUGAUGCUUUUGCCAAAACUAGUAUCGGUUGGGUGCGCAUUUUAUCUCGAUGCUUUCAUGUAGCUGCUUUGCAACCUGAUAGCAAGCUAGCAGAUUUAAUCGCUUCGUAUCCGGCUGCGUAUCCCGGAUUUUUGGAGGCCUGUUGCUCCCUGCUGAACAUUAUGCCAAUGAUACCUAGCUUUGCGCAGCAGCAUCUUGAAACUAUACUAAUCAAACUGGGCGCGUACAAUCAUGAACUUAGUUUGCAGCUUCUGCGAACUUUGCUUUGGCAUACCACACCACAGGUGUUUAAACUCUCCAACGAUGCUGUGUGUGAUCUCAUUUACCAAGUGGUCACCGGGUCAACAGCGCACAUGCUUGAUAAGCUACGCGUGCUUUUGGACUGGAUUAUGCAACUUCAUGACACUUACAGCAAACAGGCCCGCUGUAAUAAUCCGCAAAGCGGGUUUGUUAAGGUUAUUGCCUCAAUUUUGUGGCAAGUGCAGCGCCAACAACAGGUACCCGAUCUCCCGCAGCUUAUUACACCUGCAUUUUUUGAGACUUGCUAUCGGUGGAUAGCUGAACUUGAGCAUGAUGAGCCAUUGAAGAGCAGUUUUGAUGCGCUUAUAUGCGCGCUGUGCUACAUUAAGCCCGAGCUAUUUAAUCAAUUGCUAGUUAAGUUAGGUGUAAAGUUGGAGCAGCAGCCUCGUGGUAAAACGGAUGAUAGCAAGGUGCAAAGCGGCUGCGCUUGGUUCCGUCGCGAAGGCACUGAAAAUCUCACACAGUUGCUGCAAUAUCCGGCUUUUCUAAAGACACUCGCACUCGCUUGCCAGUCUCCAGUGGCCGUGUAUCAGAUGCUGGACUCGGGUUUGCCCAAGCUACUGGCGCAUGCCAUCUACGAGUACUGCACACACAUGUUACAAACAACAGAGGUGCAAUCUGUAGUGCCAACGACCGCAGCUUCUUGCAGCAAUCAGGUUACUGCUGGUGGAGAUUCCUCUCUUACUGACUUUGACAAAGCGGAGGCGAAUGUCGGUCUGGGCACAGUGCCGCUGCUUAGCUCUGCGAAUGUUCCUAAAGUGCUGGACUUCUUUUCCGAGUGCUGUGCGGAGGGUCCUAUGCGUGACUGGCUGGGCACUUUGCAAGGCUCAAUGUUUUGGAAGCCGCUGCUACAGCUGCUUUGCAACACACACUUGGCGCAAUUCAGCAAAACGUUGCCCAUGCAGCAGACGUUCAUUCGUCUUGAACGGGCAACAAUCAAUUUCUUUACACGUGUAAGUGCGUGUCAUCCAGCCAAUCAGGAAGUGCUCACUUCGCUGCUAAUUGGCGCCAUCAUCUGCAAGCCAUUGCGCUCUGCGGCUGGCAGUCGUCCAACUAUCUCCGGCUUCACGCGGCAAUUGGUGUUGCAGUUGUUGCUAGAGAACGAGCACAUUACGGUCUCUGUCCACAGCCAACAGCCGUUGCAACGCCGAGAUACCUUGUCAGCCAUUAUGGGUGGUACUGGUGUUGCUGGUGCCAACAACAGCUUACCCAUUGCGUCGGUCAAUCAUCAUCCCGCGAAACGCAGCAGCGCCCAUCAAAUGAUCUUCAAUGUCACAACGGGCACCACCUGUCAGGAGAUCAUGCAGAACUGUGUUAGCGUUUAUAGUAACUUAGUGUAUCAACAACCAACAGAUCAGCGCACUAGUGGUGAUGGCUCAGCUAGUAUGCCAGCUGCUACCAAGUCAAACGACACCAAGCUCGAUAAAUCGUGCUUCAUUAACUUUAACAAUAUGGACGCAGGCAGCAUGGAGUUUCUAACUGUUGGAGCUGCGGUGGCGGCUAAGGACAAGCGCAUCAAGGAUGCCAAAAACCAGGCAGCAGUUAAUAAAGACAAAGAGACCCAAACGUCAGCCAUGCAACUGCUACCCAUCAAUACCUUUAAUAUUGAGGAGUUUCUACUGCAAGCGGCACAUGUUGGUAUUGGUAGCCAGUUAGUUGUAGCAGAGUAUCCGGAUAUACUGUUGUCUGGUGACGCCACCAUCUCACAGGUGUUAGCUACACUGCAGGAUGCUGGUCACUCGUUAUCCGAACCCUGCCUUUCAUUGGAUUUGGUACAGCAGAGUUUGUUGGGAGAUGUAGCUACCGAAUCGAAGAAAAUCAAGGCUGUUUGCACUGAGCCACUGCCGUCUCCUUUACAAAGAUUUUCCAGCAGUGGCGGUCUAUCGCUGCUAGCACACUAUUUGCCUACUGUGUAUCCUGAGCACAUGGGCCGAAAGGCCACUUCGGUAGCGGCUGAGAAGGAGAAGAGCCUACCACUGUCCGAUUGGGUUAAGCUAGAGCCGAAUGAUGAGAUUUACGAAGAUCUGGAGGAUACCAUAUGUGAGCCGGCAGCUAAACAAAUUACUGUUAGUUCCGUACCGCAACAUUCAUUGGCCGCGUUUGGUCUUUUCCUGCGGCUGCCUGCCUAUUCCGAUGUUCUGCUUAGGGACAAACAGCGUGCCCAGUGCCUCCUGCGACUCGUGCUAGGCGUCACCGGUGAUGGCGAUGGCAAUGACAUCUAUAGCCUUUCGUUGGCACCAUCGUUACCAACACUGCCGUUUGAGGUUUUCCGCCAGCUGCUGGAUAGUGUGUCGCUUUCCACGGAUGACGGCGUGCUAUUGCGCCGUGUUGUCAUUGAAGUAGGCGCCAUGCAUCUUGUGCUCAACUGUCUAGGCAUCUUUUCGCAUCAGUCCCAUAACAACAAGAUUGGUGCAUUGAUAAGCGAGCCACCACCUAGUGGCAACAGCAAUGACAACGGAAACGGCACAGCCGUUAAAAGUAGCACAGCAGAAGAAGCCAUGCCAAGUACGGCGACAUCGGAUGAUAAAAGCCAUAUAUACUGGGCAAAGGGCACUGGCUUUGGUACCGGCUCUACGACGCAGUCGUGGAACGUAGAGCAGGCGCUUUUGCGCCAGAAGAGUGAGGAAGAGCAUGUGACGGUACUGUUGUUGGUAUUAUCAAGUUAUAUCAACCCCGGGGAUUGCAUACCCAGCGAUAUGCGCGGAGAAGAUAUACUCGCAUACCACGAUGUGCGCGAUGUGACUGGCGACCUACCGCCAAUUUUCCAGACUUUGCUGCAGCAGUCGUGUCUCAUACCAGCGCUUAGCUCUUACCUGCGCAACGAUUCAGUUUUAGACAUAACACGACACAUUCCUCUCUAUCGUGCCAUUUUAAAGCUGCUGCGUGCGCUUUCCCUAUCUAAGAAUUUGGUUUCGUUGCUACAGCCGAAUGUUAGCGGAGAAUGUACCCCACCCAUAGCGGAGCUUUUAAAAAACAUGAAGACCUGCGUUGAUACAUAUGCCAAGCGGCUUAAGGUCAAUAAAAAGUCCAACAUUAAAGGCCAAACUCAUCAGCUGACUUUCAACAUUGAUGAUGGCGAUGACGAGGGGCUUGCGCUGCUCAUACCGGAUAUACACGAGACGUGCGUGCUUGUCCAGAAGACGACCGAUGCAGAUGCUCUCAUUAAUAUGUUGCAUACGCAUGAGGAUGGCAUGGGUUCAUUCGAGCGGCCGCUCAGCAAAUCAGUUGAGCAGCGCUAUCUGGAGUUGAUGAAAAAACGCCAGUUCGAUACAUACGAUAUGAUUGUGGAAUCGGACAACAACAGCUUUCGAUUUGUUGUCUCACAUCAUUUUGAGAAAAUGGUGCGUUUAGCCGGCGAUCGAUAUCAUCCCUCACGUGUCAAGCGGCUGGCGCAGGAAGCAGUCACGCUGUCUACCAGCCUGCCGCUAAGUUUUAGUAGUUCUGUCUUUGUGCGCUGUGAUACGGAUAGAUUGGACAUAAUGAAGGUGCUAAUAACUGGGCCGGCGGACACGCCUUAUGCCAACGGCUGCUUCGAGUUUGAUGUAUUCUUUCCACCAGACUAUCCAAACUUGCCCAUGCUCAUCAAUUUAGAGACCACAGGUCGUCAUUCGGUACGCUUUAAUCCCAAUCUAUACAAUGAUGGCAAAGUUUGUCUGUCAGUGCUUAACACCUGGCACGGUCGACCCGAGGAGAAAUGGAAUGCACAAACCUCCAGUUUUCUGCAGGUUCUCGUCUCCAUACAGUCCCUGAUAUUGGUGCCUGAGCCGUACUUUAAUGAACCCGGUUUUGAGCGCAGUCGUGGAACACCCAGCGGCACCAACUCGUCGCGCGAAUAUAACAGCAACAUUUAUCAGGCGUGCGUGCGUUGGGCAAUGUUAGAGCAAAUACGAAACCCAAGUCCCUGCUUCACAGAUGUAAUUCACAAACACUUUUGGCUAAAGCGCGAGGAGAUUUGCACACAAAUCGAGGGUUGGAUUGAGGAGCUAAGUAAGCCACAAUAUACCGAACGCGCUAGUCGCACUAUAUCCUUUAACUCAAUGGUGUUGCGUCGACAUUAUCGGCAUCUACGGGAAGAGCUGGCAAAGCUAAAGCCACCGCGUGGCCUGGAAGAUUUAGAUGCGCCUUUUAACCCGGUGGCUACGCUCCCGCCUAUGGAUGUGUCUUCUACAACGUCAGCCACUACAACAAUAAAUGCGCAGGUGGGCACCGAUGACUCACUUGUGCCGGAGUUGAAUCUAAUGGUUGACAACGGUGAUAGCGAUAUGUCUAUGCCAGCUGAUUUCUUCAAAGAUAUGAAGGAUGAAGGGUUGCUGACGGGCGAAGAGGAGGUGGUCGAAAUUCUAAGUGAUACGGAGAAUGAGAGCAGCGUGUGGCAGGAUAAAGAAGAGGACACACCAUAAAUUGCUCCUUAAUGCCGCUUUCGUGCACUAGACAGUUUUAUUUAUCGUUAUAAGUUUUGUUUAAUGCUCUUUUGUUUUGUUUAAUUUUGUAAGAGAGACUGCAACUGCAACAGAACUUGGUGUGCUUUACAUAAAGAAAAACAUAUUAAUUAAUGUUAUCGAUGAAGAUCCCUUUGAAAAAUUAGUUAAAAAAUAUAUUAUACAUAUUUAUCAAACUACCAAACAAAAAUCACCCUCACAAAUGUGUAUUGAAAAAAAAACUUCACUAAAACAUACCCUAACACCGACUAAAAACUACUCUUCUAUCGCGACUUUUAUAAAUGCUUCAUUAAAUGGAUCUAUCGGUAUAUUGAAAGUAACCAUGUGUGUAUAGCAUAAAAUAUCACAACUUUAACAACACCACCAAAACUAAAUUAAUGUAUAUUAAACUAUGUAUGUAGUGAUUUAGUUAAAUAUUUACAAACAAAAUGUGCAGAGUUACUUUUACAAUAAAAAUGCUAUGCAUAUUAAAUUUUGUUUCUCCAAA